AUUGCCUGAGCAUAGAUGGCCGAGUGGUCUACACGGGAGACUUUUUACUCUAGGAAUGCAUGGGUCAGUGGUUCGAGCCCUGUUCAGGGUUACUUUUUUUUCAUUUUAGUCUUGAUUUUUUAAUUGAGAUUUUUAGAUCCAAAUGUUUAAUUUAUCAAUUUAAAGCAUUUAAUGACGGUAUUUUGUAACUUUUCUGUUUUCGUCAAUUUGGUUGACCGCCCCUUUAAACACAUGCAUUUACUAAACUAUAUCUUCGAAAAAAGGUACUCCGCUAACCUUCUUUAUAGUUGUUUUAGACACAUACAUAUGCGUGUUAUAUGGUUCCAAAUAUUGUAGAUAAGUAUCAUAUAAAAGAUCAUCAUCAUACUUUCCAGAAUCGCCCAAGUCCAUUAUCAACACACUCUGGUUGAACAACACACUGUACUUUGACCUCAGAGGCAGACAAGAGCAUAUGAACAUGCUUUGGGGGGACCUGGAAAUAAAGCAAGCCACAGAUGGAACCAGGUAUAUAGAGUACACGGAAAGAGCCACCAAGACCAGGAAGGGAGUGACAGAUGAUGAAAGGAUGUUCAAACCCAAAAUAUUUGAACAGCCAGGAGAUGAGAGGUGUCCAGUGAAACUCUAUCUAGAAUAUGAAAGUCGACGCCCACUAACAUGUCUGCGUCCUGACAGUAGAUUCUACCUCAGGCCCAACUAUAAAGCACAAUCUGAUGGCGGAUGCUGGUUUGUAGGUCAGCCUAUCAGAAAGAACACACUUUGCCAGAUAGCAAAGACAAUGAGUGCAAGUGCUGGGUUUACAGGGAGACAUGUGAACCACUCAGGUAGAAAAACAUUGGUGACCUCCCUUCUUAAUGCUGGAUGUGCAACCACAUAAGUGGUUCAGGUAACAGGCCAUAAAAAUAUGAACACUGAACACUGAACAGCAAUCACAGCUUAAGCAUUGACCGGCAACACCAAAUGGCCAACAUGAUUCACAAGAAUUGUUCAAAUUCAGCAAACAAAGCUUCAUCUUUUAAAGAACCAUGACCUUCUGGAGAUCAUGAUGAUGACAUGACUGAUGCAGAAAUCCUACAACUUUCCCAAGAAAUGGACCCCGUUGUUGAGCAAUAUAAAGAAGUGAAACUCCAGCUGCUGGCCAUUGAAUAAAAUAAAUCAAUAUGAAAAUGUACUUGACUUGCAAGUUGUGCAUAGUCCAGGUGGCUCAUUAUCCAUGCAUCAUCUAAAAAACCCAGGCCAACUGUUUUCAAACUGCACAUUCAAUGGUGCAGUGAAUGUGAUUUUUAAGAAUUAAUAUAAUCAUCUAAGAUUUGUGACAGCAUGAUUCAUAUUUGUAUUUUGAUUGCAUUUUCAUUCUGCAUAUCGCAUCAUAAAUAUUACAAGAUGAGAAGUAUUUUUGUUAAUUGUUGUAAUCACAAAUAUAUAUACUUCACUAAAAUGGCCUUUCUCAUAAUAUGUUAUAUUUUUAUAUAAGUAAUGUCUGAUUCUUCAAUGAAAAAAACCUUUAAAGCUGUUUAAAGAUUUUUUUCACAGAAAAAUAGUACUGAAAUAUGAUAAAUAUGUAUGCUUCUUGUUGAAUAGAAUACCUAGGUUACAUUAUGUCAGAGUCUUAUCAAAUAUAUUAAAUGAAAAAAAGCCAUUGAAUAAAUGUUGUUUAGCACAUUAGUGGUUCUAUAGUGUUUGUUCCUGCUAAUCAAUAUUUUAUGAUAUGAAAUAUUAGCAUUUAUUGUAUGUUAUGUUAUGUACAUGGACUAAAUUUAAUUGCCUUUCUUGUUAAAUUUGAUGAUAUUGUUAUGUAUGUUGACAGUUUGUCACAUUUUAAUUAAAAAAAAAAUCUAAUUGUAUGUUUAUAAACAUGUUUUCCCACAUAAAAUGCUGAACAGACACAGUUUAUAGUGUUUGUUACCUUUAAAUUAUACUUUAUGAUAUUAAGAAUUGCAAUAUGAGAACUUAUUUGAAUCAUUAUUAUAUGAUGUCACGUUUGGUACAAAUGUUAUUGCCUUUCUUGUUAAAUAUGAUAUCUAUUUUAUGUUCUUCUAAAAUCUAAAAAACAAAAGAAAUUAAUAAACAGUUUAUUUUUAUGUUCAA